AUGAAGGAGGAGCGUGAGAGUCUUCAUUCCGCUAUUGAUGAGCUUAUGCAAAUCGGAAUGCAAAGAUCUGAUAUAUUCUCAAAGCUGGGUUCUGUGAAGAAAGAUGGGGACCUUAAUAUGGUUAUGGAGAUUUUAAAUAAGAAGCCUCAGACUUUCCAGGUUGAGAAACCAGAGCUUUCUCAGAAAACUAAAGGCGAGAAGAUGGUUAAUAAGAAGACGAAGCAGGAACAAGUUUCUGAUCCAGUUUCCAAGCUGAAGUUGUUGACAGAAAAGCCUGAAGCUUCUUGGGUAUGCAUACGUUUUUCCAAACUUUUAUUUACUGGUGUCCAAGGCUGUGAAGCCGUGGUACUGACUUCUGCAAACGAGAAGCUUGAGGAGCGUGGAGAAGAAGAAAAGGAAGGCCGUGAACAGGAUUCAGAAGAGACUGUAUGCUUAUCCUUCUUCUUCUUGUGGAAGAAGAAACGAAGAAAUGGACAAGAAGAAGAAGCCAGCAUUAAGGAGCUUCUUGUGAAGUUAUGA